UCAAUUCACCGUUCUUUCAUCAUUUGAUCUAUCCCUUUCCAGUAGGUCCCAUACGGCUGACCACUUCCUCCCUUCUGAUUAAACACCUGAAAUGGCUUUAAAUGGUAAAAUCGCCGUAGUGACCGGAGCAGCCCAGGGGAUAGGAAGAGCAAUAACAGAGUUGCUCCUGCAAAACGGUGCUAAGGUUGCCCUCUUGGAUGCAAAUAAAACUAAUGGGGAGAGUUUGAAGGAAGUCCUGGACAAACUGUUCGGAGAACAGACUACUCUCUUCCUACACUGUAAUGUUGAAUCAGAAGAGCAAAUCAAAGCUGCCUUUCAGAAAACUCUGGGGACGUUUGGCAGAAUAGACAUCCUGUGCAACAACGCUGGCAUCUUGAAUGAAGAAGAGUGGGAGAAAACUAUCUCCAUAAACCUUGCCGCUGUUGUCAGGACGACCUACAUGGCUCUGGAGCACAUGAACAAGAUGACUGGAGGUCAGGGAGGGGUCAUCGUCAACACUGCAUCCAUGGCAGGUCUGGGUCCUCUAAAAUGCUGUCCAGUCUAUACAGCCACCAAACAUGGAGUGGUCGGCUUCACUCGAGCCAUGGCCGCUGCUUCUACUGCCGCAGGCUACGGUAUACGAUUCAACGCCAUUUGCCCAGGUUUGGUCAAAACUGAAAUGCUGUCCAGUCUGUCGAACAAAUUGGGACAAUUUUCCCACCUAGCCGAAGAAACCAAUACAAUAAUUGCAGACAAAAAGAUGUUGAAUGUGACUGAGGUAGCUGAUUGCCUCCUCGAGCUUGUGACAGAUGAGACUAAGAAUGGAGAGGCCUUACAAGUUAGAUGCAAUGGAAAGAAAUACAUGACAUUCCCUGUUUUUACCUAAAAGGUAAUAAGAUAACAGACGGACCAACAAACCCGCUGACUGACCUGUAAUGUUUCACACUACUCUAAUCUGCUUAAAAAUGUUUCAUCAUGUUAUAGUAAUUGCAAAUAAUCGCUUCCGUUGUACCAGUAAAAUGAUCUGUUAAAUCCUUCUUCACAUCUGAUCAUCUAGAAUAUAAAAUGGGUUUUUUAAAUUGUUUUAAAUGUAUAGUCGAUGGAUGGAUGGAUAGUCUAUAAAAAAAAUAACAACCUUAUGUUAUUAAUAAAUGAAUGAAACCUUACAUAACUUUGUUUUACAGUAAUUUGCUCACUGAAAUAUCUUCAAGAUGCAAAGUUUUGCUUGUUUGGGCUUUGCCGUCUGACUCGAUUUCAACAUUUUGCAUAAAUAUUUAAGGCAGCAUACUUAAAAGUGGUUUUAAAAGAGGUAAUGCCUCAUAUUAAUGCCACAUGUAAUCUGUCCACUCAUUCCUUUUGCUAUCGUGUUAAUGCGUGUUUGUUCUCCCCGUAAACAGACCCAGGAAAUAUAAGCAAAUAGUUUUUAAACAUAAAUUAUUUAUUAUACAUCUAUUUGAACACA